CUUCUGCGAUUCUCAGAAAGACCUCUCAAAUCUGAAGCGUUCUCACAGAUUUUUGGCCACAGGAAUCUGUAAUUUCUUCCGCCGGAGGCUAUUUUGGGUAAAUUUCUGUCGAAAAGAAGGAAGAUACGAGCACUGACUGCCCGCCCCCUAACUCCCAGGCAGGCUAGGACAGGGGGGUUCCCGGGCAGGCUGAUGGGGCCUGAUGGGGCAUAGUCACAUCAUUAUUGCCAAUAAGCCGUUGCUCUGCCAUUCUGUCGUCCUCGGCCCCAAUCAUUGAAGUGUGGAGGAUGGAAGCUGUUCAUCAAGGAGCCGGGCGUUGCUGAUCGGGUUAAUCAAUCGUUGGCCCGCAGAGUCCCAGCCAGACUGCGUGGCAAACACAAUUGCGAUCCGUGCUCAAGGUAACUGCUUAAAAUGGCCCCUGCUUCAGCAAAGUUUAGUGUCAUGCCCAUGUAAUAGACACACGAUGCCGCUUAGGUUAGGGGAUUUUGACGGGGAAGCCCAGGAGCGCCAAACAGAUGACGGAAUCGCAGCGUUCUGUCGACACCUUGGCGAGCUUUGUGACUUGCUGAACGCCCCGUACGAUGAUGUAAAUGCGCUUGCACACCUGGCAAGGGCUGGGGAGCUGCAGGGUACCAACGUAAAUCUGCUGCUCCACAAUGCCUUCUAUCAUUGGCUGGGCGAGCGCGUGCAGCUGUCCGUCGCGGAGUCCAGGGACGUCGCCCCGGAAACGAUUGCGGCUCAUGCUCGGGAAGCAGCUUUAGCUCAAAUCCAGUCUGGAGAGUAUGUCUCACAGUUCGUCACCGCCGUGGCUGCCCAUGCAACGCAGAAUGUCGAUGGCGUACAGGGCCCAGUAGCCCCUACAAAGCAGUCGCUGUUCGACCUGCCGGGGCACUUCGAGCUGCUGGGGCCGGACGAGGUGGACGGCCUGCUCAAGGACCUGGCCUCCAGCGACUGCCCCGUGGGCGCGCUUGAGAAGCUGGUGGCUGACCCGCACCUGCUGGAGGACCUGUGCUUCGGACCCACCUGGCCGCAGCUGUGCGACUCGCUUGGCCGCCUGGUGUGCCUGCUGCCGCCGUCCGGGGGGACUCAGGCAGCGGUGACAGGGGCAGGACACCACCAGCACGGGCAUACGCGCGCGGCGGCUGCGGUAGGUGGUGGGGCGGGCCGGGCUGCGGCGAGUGUGCCGGAGAUGCCCAAGCAGCAGCAGCUGCUGCUGCAGGCGCUUAACGAGGUUGUGUCGGCGGUGGCCGCCAGCUCUCCGCCCCACGCGGCUGAGCUGCUGGACGGACUGGCGCCCUACCUCACAGCCCUGGCACUGAGGCUGUCGCUGCCCCUGCCGGGGGCGGGGACGGGGCAUGCGACACCUGUGGCCCCUGACCAGCUGCAAACGCGAGUGCAAGCUGGGAUGGCAGGGCCUGGGGCAGGGGCUGGCGAUGGCGGACCUGGAGGGGUCGCGGUGGUGGGCACGGGUGCGGUCGGGCUGCUGGUGGCGGUGACGGCGCGGGACGCGUUUGCGGUGGAGAUCGUGCGACUGGCGCAGCAGCUGGUGGUGGGCCUGAGCCAGGAGUUCCACACGCUGCCGCACAGCUGCGCCGCGCUGGCUGCCAGAGCUGUGUGCGACGUGGUGCGCGCGGGACUGGCGCGAGGCGCACCCGCGCCGCCGCCACCCGCCGGGGCCGUGACUGCGGCCUCUGGGGGAGGCGGGCCCGGUGGUGGUGGGCUGGCGGAUUUGGAUCUAGAGCUGUCGGCUCUGGAUCUGCUUGUACUGCUGGAUCCAGAGCUGCGCUGGUGGCAGCGGCUGUGCAGCAGCACACAUGCCACGCAGCGCAUGGCCGACGCGGCUGCGGCGACGCAGCUGGCGGCGGCGCUGGAGGCGGCCCUGGCGGCGUGGGCUUACGCCACCGCUGCCGCUGCCGCGGCGGCGGGGCACCACAGCGAUGGCGGCUUGGCGGUGGCGGUGGCGGCGGCCGGCGUGCGGUCGCCGAGCCACUUGGUGGCGUGUGCGGCCCUGCUGGGGGGACUGGUCCGCGCCAACAACCCCGCACUGCUUGCCUGCGAGCAGCCCGCCGGCAGCAGGCGUGUGGUGGGCGCACUGCCGGCAGUGGUGGCCGCGCCGGCUCCCGCGCCUGCGCCUCAUGUGGCCAACGGCCACAGUGGCGUUGGCACCGGUGGGCUGAGCAGCGCAGGCGUUGAGGGCCUCCCCGUUGCCAUGGCCGCGGCUCUACCUCAGGGCGCGGGGGCUGCGGCGGCGGGCGCGACGGGUCCGGCCUCAGGCGCUCAGGCAGCUGCGGCGCUGCCGGAGUACAGCGAGGUGCCGCAGUACACGCCGGCGCAGGUGGCGGAGCAGCGCCAGCGCCUGACGCGGCUGCUGGGUGCGCUGUGCGGCGUCGCCUGCGCACUGGCGGACCGGCCCGGGCUGCUGCGGCCGGGCGGAGCUGGCCAUGAUAGCGGCACUGGCGGCGCGAGGGGCAGCGUGUUCGUGACCCUGGCGGCGGACGUGCUGGCGGCGGCGGCGGAGCUGGGGGUGCUGACGUGGCACCAGCCGAUGGCGCCGGGGGCUCACGGAGGGACAAGUGCCGCAGUCGCAGGGGCUGCUGGUGGCAACGGCGGCGCCGGUGGUGGUGCGCUGGCGGCUCUGCUGCAGGCCAUGAUGCGCGCCGCCUCAGUCACAGCGGCGGCGGCGGCGGCCGCUGGGGCGGCUGGGAACGGCGGCGCUGGCACGGGCGGCCGCACCCGUGCGGCGGCGGCAGCGGAGGCGGACGCUUGGCUGGAGGCGGCGACGUGUGUGCUGGAGGCGGUGGCGGAGCAUGCAGAGUUGGGCGCUGCCUCCUCGCCAACUGCCUUGCCACCGCCUGCGCUUUCGGUAUCAGAUGCGCUGAGCGGACUGCUGCGGCACAUUGCUGGUCGCGUGCGUGGCUGCGCCGGUGGGGGUGGAGGCGGUGGGGCCGCCGGCACGAACAGCGCCGCCGCGUCCGCAGCCGCUGCUACGGCAGCGCCGGCUUGGUCCCGUGCGGUGGUGCGGCUGGCGGUGGCUGCGGCGCCGCAGUCUCCGCUGGUGGCCGCGGCCCUGACUGACCUGGCAGAGCCGCUUUGCGCGCUGCUCACGGCCCGCAGCGCCAGGCGCACCGCGUCCGCCGCCAAGGCGGCCGCUGCAGCUACAGCGGCACAGGCCGCAGGCAAGGCAGCUGCUGUCGCGGCGGCGCCCGCGGCCGCGGCCCCCGCGCUGGCUGCGUCAGGCUCGUCUGGAGAUGCAGCUGCGGGUCUGGCGGCCUCGCUGUCCCUGCUAGACAUCCUGAGUGGCGGCAGCAGCAGCAAGUCCGUCACGGCUGCGUGCCCUGGCACCGCCGCUACUGCAGCGGGCCGGGGCGAGGUAGGUACGGCACCGCCUCCGCCGCCUCCGCCGCCGCUGCAGGCAGUGGAGCUGGACGCGAUGGAGGAGCUGGCGGCGGCGCUGGUGCUGUCUUACUGCAGGGGGGGAGCGGCAGCAAUAGCCGAACCGGUGGCGGCAGUGCAGCCAUCCGGCGUACUCAGCAAUGCUGGCGACGGCGGUGGCAGCAGUGGCACCAUUGCGGGUUUGACUGCCGGUGCUGGUGCUGGUGCUUGUGCUGCUCCAUGUGCGCCUCAGCCAGUGGCGGCACUGCCGCAGCAGCUGCAACGGCCCGCACUGCUCACCUGCGCCGCCCGCAGCCUGUGCCGGCGCUACGACACCGCGGGGCUGGUGUACGCAGUGCCGCCGUCUGGCUCAGUGGAGGAGGAGCUGCGCGAGGGCGGGGCGGGCAGUGAGGCGGAGGAGCCGGAGGUGCCGGCGGCGGAGGCGCACCCGGGUGGCGGUCUGCUGAGCAUUCGCGGGGGCUCGGGUGUGGCCUGCGCGGCAACGGCCGCCCAGCGGCGGGCGGUGGCGGCGGCGGGCGGCCUGGCGCGCAGCUGCCCGGCGGGCCAGCAGGCGCUGCUGGCGGAAGGCUUCGCUCGGCGGCUGCUUCGUGACGUGGCGGCCACACUGCACGAGGGCGAGUACACCUCCCCGCUGUGCGAACCGCUCGCCUACGCCGACCCCCUGGCCGGACUGGCCGCGGCGCUGGCAGAGCUGAUGGCCUGGCCAGGACUGCUGGCGGUGCUACAGCCGGUGCAGGCGCAGCCGGACGCUGUAGCAGCAGCGGCCGGAGCGGGGGCACCGGCGGCUGCAGGGGCAGGGGUUGGAGCAGGGAGCGGGGCGCGGCAGCGGCUGGCGCAGGAGACUGCCGACCGGGCGCGAGCUGAGGUGCUGGUGCUGCUGCAGGAGCUGGUCACGUGGCUGGAUCCCUGCUGCGACGACAGCCGCGGUGUGGCGCCGCAGGACGCCGCCGCGGUGUCUCUAGCGGCCUUCAGGUCCCUGGUGGAGCACGACCCGGGUGCAGCAGCCGCGCUGGAUGCAGACACCAACAUCAGGUGGUACCUGUGCAACCUCACGGGGGACGACGCGCCGCCCGCCGCCCCGCCCGCCGAGUGCGUUGCCCCCCAGUCCGAUAUGCUGCUGGACCUGGCGAGGCGGCUGCUGGCGGCGCUGCCACCUCUGGCAGCCGCGGCGGCGCCGGGCGCAGCGCCCGCAUGAAUCAGGGCAGGCAAUUGCAAGGCAGGCAGCGGGUUGUCAACGACUGCGAACUAAAGACCCGCUAGGUACGCAGUGGCAAGCGUAAGUUGUCGUUGGUUCAGGCGGACAUGGAAGUCGUUGUUUGUCCCGCAGUGCUGUACUAGAAGUAUACGGUAAGAUGGUAGGUGUUAGCGUGCGGCGCGGGUAUGCUGGGUGGUUCUGAUGUGCGGGCGACAGGAUGCCUGCCCAGAUUGCGCAUGUCCUGUGGUGUUCAGAUGGCCAGGCAGUAGCAGACGCCUGCGCCGGCAGGUUCUUGGCUCGUAGCGUGCGACUGGUUGGCUGGAAUGCUUGCGUGAUGUUUGCCUGUGUUUGCUGGUGUAGUGACGGGUUGUUGGGUUGUCGGUGGGUAACGCGCGAUUGCAUUGAUUACAAGAGGGACCUGCUGACGCAGUUCACGAGCCAAUGACGAGGCGAGGUCCUUUCAGGGUACCCAGGCUGAAGCAUGGCGGUGCACGAGGGGUCAGUGCGUAGUUGUUGGACCGGGGCCUCUUGAGAAUUGAGCUGCAUGGCAUUCGGGGGAUUGUUGUUGAUUGUGCACCACCGAGAGAGACCGCGCGCGCAGGAUUCCGAGUCAGAGACAGGCGUUGGCGCUGACCAGGACGAUGACAAGAAAAGGUGGCUCUCCCUCGCAAGGGAAAAGUGGGCUGUGCCGCCACGCCACGUCCUCCGUCUGAGGCCGAAGGUUCCGAUACUAGCCUCAUCUCCCGGACAUAGCCGGGGUCGGUUUGUACAGGC